UAUUUACUUAUUGACACAAAUAAAAAAACAAGCAACAAUGACGAUACCCGUUAAAAGAAAUUCAGAAAAUUCAGAACUAUGUGAUAAACAAUACUCGUUAACCCUAAUUAAAGACAGCUAUAAAGAACGCUAAACCUAAUAGACUGUUCAGAUUAGUAAGCUUUCUUGCUUAACUACCAAAAACAUGAUCAGUUUGGAUUUAAGUUCUGUAGUUUCCUUACAUAAAAAAGAAACACACGUACGAAAUAAGACCUUAAGUAAAUAAAAAGAACAUACGAAUUGAACCAUAAGUAAAUAACAAAAUAUACGAAUAUUUAAACCAAAAAUAUAUAUAUAUAUACGAAUAGAACCACAAGUCAAAAUCUUUCAAUCACAUUCUAUCUCUGUCUCUUGAUGUGCCCAUAUUUCUUGCUGUCAACAAUUCACAACCUCCUUUUUUCAUUCAUCACCAUCAACCAAGAAAACCCCUUUAAAUAUUAAAUAAUUCCACCCAAAACCCCUUCAAACAAACAAAAUAUUUUCCCACUCUCUCUCUCUCUCUCGCGCUCACUUUCUCUCAUCGUCUCCUCCAAUCUUUAAUUCUUCAAAAUGUCUUCUCGAAAUCGCAGAUCAAGAACCAACCAACUCAGGAGAACAAUCCUUAUACUCGGUCUUCUUCUUGUUAUUUUGAGUUGCUGCAAUGGAGCUAGAACUACGAACAUGUUCUACACGAGUUCACCACCCAAACAACCCGACAUAGUUUCACCACCUCAUCAUCACCAUCAUCAAGUAGAAGAUCACAAAAAUGUACAGUUUUUGGGGUUCUUGCCACGUCAGUUUCCGGUUCCAGCUUCUGGUCCUUCAAGAAAACACAAUGACAUCGGUUUAAGUAGUACUACUAGGACUCCUUCUCCUUGAUGUUCAAAAGAUUUUAUUUAUCAUUCUCACUUUUUAUUUCUGUAAGUUUUCUGGUUUAAUUUUGGUCUAAACUGAUGUAAAUAAAAUAUUAAUUUGAUUUAUUUCUGGGAAA